AUGGAUCCGGAGGCGAGCGAAAGGCUUCGCAAGCUACAGCUGGUAAGUCAACCCAAUGAAUCUCCACCUGCCCCUGAGCCAUGGUAUACUCACUCGACAACUCACCAGGCUGAUCUGGGCACUGCGAGACGCGAACGGAUCUCCACGGCAGACGAUCCUCGCAGACAGGCCUCGGUCCAUCUCGCCUACAUCGAAACAACCAGGGAGUCGAAUAUAUCUGGGACCAAGGCUCAGCGCCUUGCUGAAGAGAACAGGGUGCAGCUUGAGGAAUGGAAAACUAUGAGUUCCUUCAUACUCAGCGCCAUGGCCAUCACCCGAUGCCAGCGCAGUCCGCCGGUCGUGGGGGUGGUGUCAUGGGAACUCGAGGACGCGGACUUCCUCACGGGUAAGAAACCUUUUGGGCAGCUCCUGUUGCUUCAUUGUCUCCAGACUCACACAAAACAAGACCUUCCAGAGCUUCGUACCAUGGAGCUGCCACCAGCCCACAUCCACGUGCCUCCUAUGCCUCAGCUACAUCGACCCAUUUGGACCCUGCUCUUGACACCAAUAACGAUGUUGUGUCUAGCCCUUAUCGCGGUAAGGGAUCUUUCAGAAAAAUUAGUGGCAAAGAACGCGGUUUUGGUAAGUGACCCAGGGAUCGCAGAACGACACAGCACUGACACAUAUCCUCAGAGGGCAGGAGACCAGUCCCAAUGCCCCGACGCACGCGACCUGCGUAUGUACUUCAUGUUCCUCAAUCCAGUCCUCCCGUUCUAA